AUGUCGGAUUCCAGUGAACAAGAAGCUCCAAUUGCUGGGCAAGUCUCUCAUUCAGGCGAACAAGAAGCACCAGUUUCUGGGGAAAACUCCGAUUCCUACCAACAAGAAGCACCAAAUUCUGAGGAAAAUCUCGAUUCCGGUGAAGCAGCACAAGAUUCUGAGGAAAAACCCGAUUCCGGCGAAGAAGCGCCAACUUCUGAGGAGACCUCCGGGUCUAGCGAAGAAGCACCAACUUCUGAGGACAACACUGAUUCCAAUGAAGACCUAAUGUCAGUGACCGGUUCCAAUGAAGUUGAAGGACCUAUUUCUGGGAAUAUCUCCGAUUCCGGCAAAGCAGCUCCAGCUUCUGAGGACAGCACCGAUUCUGGCGAGGCAACGUCUGCGGCAAUGUCAUCGACCGAAGCACCAAUUUCUGGGAAAAUCUCAUAUUCCGUGCGAGAACUUCCCCCAAUUUAUGGGAAAAUGUUGAAUCUAUGGAAACAAGAGGAAAUACCAAAUCGUGAUGAUUACGUUCCAUCGUUGAUCGAUAACACUGAACUUGUACAGGCACUGCUUAAGGAGCUGAGGAUUGGGGAUCCAAUGUUGCUCGAUUUCUUAUACAUGAACAAUGCUCUUCCUAGUACCGCCGCCGCAACAAAACCCUCUUCAUCGUCGAGUGAAAGCGCAGCCGACAAUGUGGAGCCGGGAAAAGGAAAGAUCGAUGAGAAAGGCAAGGGGAAAGAAAAGCAAGAAGAUGGUGAAGGCAAUGGGAAAGAAAAGAAAGAAGAUGGUCAGUUCUGA